AUGUCGAGACCUGAGACAGUCGACGGGAAGCAGGCGGCGCCGAUCGCGCCAUUCCAUCUCGCCGUGCCGAUUCACAGCAUGAAAGAAGCCAAGCACUUUUACGGCACCGUCCUGGCGCUCCAGGAAGGGCACGGCACCGCUCAGUACCAGAUCUACAACAUGUGGGGACACCAGCUCGUGGUCCACGACGCCGGCCCGACGUACAGGUGCGUCGACUUGCCCGUGGCCCAUGAUGAGAUUCCGAUGCCGCAUUUUGGCGUCUGCUUGAGCGUCCCCGAGUUCCAGUGGCUCGCCAAGCAUCUCACCGCCCAGCGUGCGACCUUUCACAUCAAGCCCCACGUGCGCUACGCAGGCACUGCCGGCGAGCAGUGGAAGAUGUUUCUUAAGGAUCCGAGUGGCAACAACCUCGAGUUCAAGGCGCUGCGCGACGCGACCAAGUUGCUCGCCAAGUACGACGUCUAG